GCUCCCUCUCCACCACUCUCUCCGCCACUAAAAAUCUCUCUCAGUUUGUCUACUGCGCCAAUGUCUCAAAUCCAGAGCCGUGUGACGCCGAUCACCAAGCUAACGGCGGUGUCGAGCGACCCGAGCAUGUCGGGUCGGGUCUACUCGCUGACAGCGGCUGACCACGCAAUGGAGUUACACAGCGCCGCCGUAGUGAUGUACUACAACGAAAAUCCAUUCGGGUCGUUCAUUUUGGACCCGAUGAGAGAGUCGCUUUCGAGGGUUUUGUCGCUGUACCCGACAGUGACGGGUCGGUUGACCCGAUCGGAGAAUGGCAACUGGGCAGUGAAGGCGAACGACGCCGGAGUUAGGGUUACGAUGACAAAGGUGGGGACCACUCUUGAUGAAUGGCUCAGAUCUGCCGAUUCGGCCGAGGAAAGAUAUCUAGCGCCUUUCGAAGAAAUGCCGGAGAAUCCAUAUAUCUGGUCGCCUUUCCGAAUACAGAUCAAUGAGUUUGAAGGAGGGGGUGUGGCCAUUGGAGUGAGCUUCACUCACCUAACUGCAGACCCAACCUCUGCAACUUUCCUCCUGAAAGCAUGGGCUGAUGCUCACCGGGGCGAACCCGUGUCGCCACCGAUUUUCACCCGUCCAUCGAUUGGAGACGGUGAACAAAUCCCGAACACGGCCACGAAAUCAACCAGCUUCUAUGCCAACAAGUCCAAGACAUGGACACAAAAUCAACCAGCUUCUACUACCAAAAUGGCCUCUGCUACCUUCAAAUUCUCCAACUCAACAAUCAACCAAUGGCUAUCAAAAACAGAGCACCAUUGUCCUAACGCCACCCCUUUUGAUCUCCUGGCUGCUCUCUUCUGGAAACAAGUCCUACAAAUUAAGGGUCUGUCCCAAAAUGAGCUGAAUCAUUCAUUAUCAAUCUGCACUGACUUAAGAACUUCAUUUCAAUCCUCACAAAGGUUCUACUUUGGGAAUGCUCUGCUUUUUUCAGAGCUCUCUGUAAGCUCAAAGGACAUGGAGCAAUGGGAUUUGGGAGAGAUUAUGGGAUUGAUACACAGCCAUUUGGAGAAGGUCGAUGAGGAGGACGAGAUUCGGACCGCGAUGGAAUGGCUCGAGUCGAGGAAAGAAAAGGGCGGGAAAUAUGCGGCGCCGUUCAAGAUGUACGGGCCGGAAUUGACUUGUGUAAGUAUGGAACAUAUGGGGGUGAAAUUGAGUUAUGCAACGAAGUUUGUGAGGGAUUCAAAGGCUGUUCAUGUGUCGUAUAAUGUUGGGAAUUGUGAAGGGGAUGGAUUGAUUGUUGUAAUGGCUUCUAAUGAAGAAGGGGUUGCGAGGAAUGUGAUGGUGAUGCUACCGGAGAGGGAGAUGGCUGAGCUUUGUAAGGAUGAAGCUGUUUUGAGGUUCAAUCCGACAGUGAUUCUUGGUGGAAGGUUGGUUUGAUGAACAACGUUGUACUUGAUGUUCUAUGUUCUAGGAUUAUGUUGUGUUUGUGUGAGUUUUUAUGUGUUUUCGUUUAGAGCGAAAAUUUGAAACUCGAAGUACCUUGUUUAGACUGAAAAGGGGUGUUUCGUAAGAAUGAAGAUUGAAAUAGGAGAUAGGGGCGGAGCGGGGACGGAGAUAUAAUCCCUUACUCUAGACUUGUUUAGCUAAUUGGAGAGAAAUUUCUUCCAGUAUCUCUCUCGUCCCUUGUUUAAAUGAGGAUUUUCUGUCUCGUUUGAA